AUCGAAUCGAAUAGACGCCAAGUUGCCAAGAAUAACCUCAAAAGUAAGAAUAUGUGAGUGAAAAGAAUAAAUUAAUUUCUUUAUUUUGUUUAAAACGUUAAAAAAAAGUAAAAAUAUCAAAAACUAGUAAGAAAAAUACGUAUUUUAAUGUAUCAGCCGGAAAGUGAGCUUAAUAAAAAUAAACUCGAUAUCUGAAGACCAAUCACUAUGAGUAGUUUUAAUAAAACAGUUUCUUAUUUUUAUAAUCCCGAUGUGGGAAAUUUUCAUUAUGGACCGGGUCAUCCUAUGAAACCCCAUAGACUCUCUGUUAUUCACAGUUUAGUGAUAAAUUAUGGAUUACACAGAAAAAUGCAAACCUACAGACCCUAUCGGGCAAAUAGACACGACAUGUGUCGUUUUCAUUCCGAGGAAUAUGUGGACUUCCUCCAAAGGGUGACACCGCAAAAUAUCCAAGGUUACACGAAAUAUCUGAGUCAAUUUAACGUUGGUGAUGAUUGCCCCGUUUUCGAUGGUCUUUUUGAUUUUUGUUCAAUGUACACGGGAGCGUCACUCGACGGGGCAAUGAAAUUGAAUAAUAAUGUCUGUGAUAUUGCAAUUAAUUGGAGUGGUGGUCUACAUCAUGCGAAGAAAUUCGAAGCUUCUGGAUUCUGUUAUAUUAACGAUAUUGUAAUUGGUAUUUUGGAAUUACUCAAAUAUCAUGCUCGUGUUUUGUAUAUUGACAUUGAUGUUCAUCAUGGAGAUGGUGUUCAGGAGGCUUUCUACAUGACAGAUCGUGUUAUGACAGUUUCGUUUCAUAAAUACGGAAACUAUUUCUUUCCCGGAACGGGAGACAUGUACGAAAUUGGUUCUGAGAGUGGAAAAUAUUAUUCGGUUAAUGUUCCUUUGAGAGAGGGGAUUGAUGAUGUUUCUUAUGUCCAGGUUUUUAAACCGUGUAUAUCGCAUGUGAUGGAAUAUUUCCGACCAUCGGCGAUUGUUUUGCAAUGCGGAGCGGAUUCAUUGGCAAAUGAUAGACUGGGAUGUUUCAGUUUAAGUACACGAGGUCAUGGGGAGUGUGUGAAAUUUGUGAGGGAUUUGAAUGUGCCUCUUCUUGCUGUUGGUGGUGGAGGUUACACUUUGCGCAAUGUUGCGCGAUGCUGGACCUAUGAGACUUCGCUCCUCGUCGAUGAGCAAAUAAGUAAUGAGCUUCCUUACACAGAGUACUUGGAGUAUUUCGCACCAGACUUCACUUUGCAUCCAGAAGUGGUGACACGACAGGAGAAUGCCAACAGUAAACAAUAUUUGGAUUUGAUCGUGAAGCACACUUAUGACAAUUUGAAGAUGGUGCAGCAUAGUCCGAGUGUUCAAAUGCAAGAUGUUCCUUGCGAUGCACUGCCGCCAGAUGAAGAUCGACAUCCCGAACCAGAUCCCGAUAGUCGACAAAAUCCUCAAGAUCUCGACAAAAUUGUCGAGCCUGCCAAUGAAUACUAUUCCGGUGAUAGAGAUCAAGACAAAAUGGAUGUUGGUGAUUCGUAGUUGGAAAUUCUUCUUUUAUUUUACGACAAAACUCAAAAUUUUUUUUCUAUUUUGAGUAGAAACUUUGAUGUUUAAUUUCAAUCAUUUGCUCGUCAAUUUAGUCUUCCGACAUGAGAAAAUCAAGUUUCAAUUUUCUAUUUUUUUAAAAAUCAGUAUCUGACAAAUUUUUAGUAAUUAUUGUACUAUACUAAUUAGACGAUAAUCGUAUAUGAUGAAUUGAAUAUAAUUAAAUUUUUAAUCACUCAGGUAAUUAAAAAGGUUUAUGCAACGAAAUAUUUUUGUACAAAGCCAAAUGACUUAAAAUAUGAAUGUGCAAUUUUGUGAAUUUUCCCGCGGUUAUGAAUUUUUAUCGAGUGUGUGGAUUUUUUUUUUAAAUGCCUACGAUUACAUAAUUAUGACACAUUUUUAGAUUUUAAUUUUUAGUACAUAAUUUACAACUAAACUAAACUUCAUUUUAUAAUAUUUAUUUUUUGAUCUCUAUACCUAAAAUAUAUUCUGUAUCUAAAUAUACGGAAUGAUCAUUAUGUUCAGAAAAUGAGGAAUAGAGCAAAAUAAUCACACUGUAUAUUUAACAUUUUUUGUGUAUAAUAAAAAAUUAAGUGAUUUUUGUUUUUGAUAAA